GCCUCAUGUACGCAGUACAUGUAACAUGACACGCUGACCGACUAUUUUCAACAAACAAAGCCGCAAUCGACUCGUUGCCCCGUCCCCCUUGUAAGUAUAGUAAUAUCACUCCUCCGCAUUUAGUCUCGCACUAAGGGGAUAAGACAUCUCAUGCACAAUACUGGCGUGACUGGGCACCGCUUUGUAUAUACAUACGUAUUACCUUUAGAUGGCAUCCAUACGCGACAGUAUGUAACUGCAAGUUGCUACAAGGUACCAAGUAUAGUCGCUCUGAACCUCUGCUGUUUCCAUCUCAGUAGCAUGGCAAAUCAUUCUCCCUGCAUCGAAUGCAUCACCGAGACUGCUGGCUCUAUGAUUCUUGCACUUUCUGUCCGGACCAAUAGACCUGCUAGACGGUCUUCUUUGUACACCCCUCUGUACACCUUAUCAAAGAUUUGUACCUGGCAAGCAGUCUUUCUACUUUUCUCCGCUUUGGUAGUCUGGACCUGGACACAGCCUCCCGUUUUCGCAAUAUGAGCACUCGUACGGAGUUUCGUCGCUUUGAAUCUGCUGACUGCAUUGACGAGGCAAUGUCCCGCCGUAUGCACUAGUAGCGAAGCCUCCAGCGCUG